AUGUCCCUGCCCAUGGCAGGGGCUUGGAACAGUGUGGGCUUUAAAGUCCCUUCUAACCCAAGCCAUUCUGUGUUUCGUAUGGGCCAGGUGGUAGCUAACUCCAGCCAAGCAGGUCAGAUGAAGUUCAAGGACGCUCAGCAGGACCUGCCAGCUUUCAGAGUCACUGGAAUUCACAGGAAGCUAGAACUCAACAUGGAUGAGAAAGAGAUGACCUCUCAAGAAGAGAACCGCAAAAAGCACCCUGGGGAGGCAGCAACGACAUGUCCUCUUACAGCCGAUCUCCUCCGAGCACUUCAACCACUCCACCGCGGCCGAGGGCCCUUCCCCGCCGCCCGGACGGCAGCCAGGCUGCCACGCACCGCACUCAGCGCCGACACGACGCGCGCAGCCCCGCCGGUGACUCGCUACCGAGCACACGCGCCGUUCAACCCCGUCCCCAGCCUGCCCGUUCGGCCCUUCGGGACGGAUUUCAGAGGUGCAGCCCGCCGCCCGCGGGACCCCGGAGCUGGCGGGGGAGCGCCGAGGCGAGGCGCCCCUUCGGAGAGCGGCGCACACGUGUGGCGCGGGCCGGGCCCCGAGCCGGCGCUCGGCACUUACUUGCGGGGCGGCGCGGGUCUUGCCCGGCGGCCUCCUGAAGAAGGAGGUGCGCGCGGUGAAGAAGUACUCCUCGGAGUCCUCCUCCUCCAGGCUGCUGUAGCCGCUGCUCAUGCUGCUGGUCCAGGUCAUCGGCGGCUCCUAGUGCUGCUGUCGGUACGGGAGGGGCCCGGCGGCGGAGAGCUCCGUCCCGGCCGCCGCAUGGGGCCCCGCCGCGGCCGCUCCUCUCCCAGCGCCGCCGGGCCCGGGGCGCGGGAGGAGGAGGAGAAGGAGGAGGAGCCGCUCGCCGGCUCCCGCCCUCCCUUCCUGCCGCACGAGUUUCCGCGGGGCAGCGGCGCGCCGAGCCCGGCCGACACCUCCCGCUUCCCCGCCCGGCCCCGAGGAGCUCCGCUGACGGCCGCCGGGGCGGGCUGGGAGCGCGCGGCCGGAGAUGAAAGGCCGGGCGUGGGCCGCAGGUCGCCGGAGCUCCGGCCGGGCGCUGCCCGCCCCCGGGCCUUCCAGCGGGGAGGUGGCCGAGGGGGCGGCUCGCCGGGGGACUUUGCCCUAAUAAUGCGUUCAACAGUAACCGCCGUCGGAACGGCUGCGAGUCUUUCUCGGUUUGUUCUAGGAGAAAGACUCCUAGGAGAACUUGAAUUUAAACUUGGCAGCUGGCCGCUACUGCGGCGCUGCCUCGCCCCGCCGCGGGCCCGCAGAGAUAAGCGCGAGGAAUCCAGCGCCCCGGGCUGCCGUGGCGGCGGCGCCGCGAGGGCGCGGGGAUGGGACGGCGCGCGGAGGGAACGCACCGCCGCGACCGCGGCUGGAAAACGUGCUCAGAAACGGCAGCUCUGGGAUGAUGCGGGGCAUAAAUCACGCUCGGCCACCGGCGGGGGAAGUGGCAGACAAUGCCUAAAGGCCGGCUCGCUCCCUGUGUGCAUGCAGCUCAUUCUGUGCCCACGCUCCAAUGAGGAUGGAGUCAACUCGGUGCUCUUCCUGCAUCACCCUGCAUAUCAACAAAGUCACCCCUUGCUGGCCAAAAAACUCAGAUGUGGCCUGAGUCAAAGAAUUCACAUGGAGGUACAAGCAGAUGAGAUACCUUUUAAUUUUGAUUUACAUGGUGCUUGCAAUAAUAUAUGCAAAUCCUAUUAUGUGUUUUCCAAGACUGAUGUUUAAAAAUUAAUUGGUUUCCCUAUCUUAAUAUACAGGUAUAUUUUUUAAAAUGAAUUUUAAAGUAAUCCGGGUGAUCUCAGCUUGUAGAUCAGUCAUUUCAGUAUAGUACACUCUAGUCAGAACUAAAAGACUCAAUGUAUGUAACCUUACAGAUUGCAUUACACUAAUUGUGCUUUAUGAAGGUAAGAUAAAAUCUGCUAAUUUAUCAGGCCUACAUUUUAUUUACAACAGCACCAACAAGCACAGAUUUUCCUUCUCAAGCAUGGCAAUCAAUGUGUUGUCACUUGAGAUACCGCUGUCCAGUCAACUCUAAACACCACCUGCAUCGUAAUAAUCUGUGUCAUAUACUAAGACUUCCAGAACCUUUAAAAGGAAAAGUAAGUCUUCUUCAGACAUCUCCUCUCCAUGACUACUG